UGCUUAUAUAGUAUCGGUAAAAUAGAAGAAUGGCAUUGCAACGUACAUCUGUUGCAUUACAAACUGUCAACGAUUUAAGGAAAAUAAAUGGGGCAACGAAAGUACAUUUUCGGUCAAGAAUAACAACACCUUCAGGUGCGAUUCUACCAGAACCAAAAAGAGCACGUUUCGGUUUUUUGGGUGUCAUCUGCAGUGUUAUGACAGGACUAGUCAUAGGAGCUACUUUAAGUAAAAUGAUGGCUAAUUUUCUCGAAGAGAAAGAAUUGUUCGUACCUGCGGAUGAUGAUGAUGAUGAUUAAUUUAUUCUCGGUACGCAAAUUAAUUAAGGCAAAGAUUUAAGUUAUUCUUAUCAAAUUUCUACAUCUUAUGUUUUUCAUAUCGAGCCUCGACCCAAACUUUUGCACGUAUCCCUAAACCGUACUUUGCAUAAACAAGCUUCUCAUUGUUCUUUCAUAAUCAUGUAUCAUUCAGUGCUACCGUUUUAUCUUUGCUUGCGAGGAAAAUAGACUUCUUCCAUGCCUAUACAUUGUUUUCUGUUUCAAGAUCUAUGACAACGAGGUAUGGAAAAAUAUAAAAUGAUGUAAUAUGUGUCACCUUUGGGCAGCACAUGUUUUGCAUAUAUAGUUGUCACAGUAAAUAAAAUGUACACGGUGCUUUCAAUUUUCUUCUUAGAGUAUUACUUACAUAAUUCAAGUAAUGUAUUAUUUAUUAUCAAUUUUUGCUAAAAGGCAAACUGAUUCUGUACAUACCUACAUGUAUGUCUAAAUGUAUUCCUUUAAAAUGCAUAUAGAAAAUGUAUAUACCUAGGUGUACAGACAUACAGAUAUUUUGUAAAUAUUGUUUCAAUGGAUUGCAAAAUAAACACAAUGCAAAGAAACAA